CAACAAGUCAGUGACUAGCGAGCGGUGGUGCAAAUGGCACACGCAAUGGCUGCUCCCAGUAAAAGAGUGGUAUCGGCGCCCAGAUACAGCGAUGGUGCAACUUACUUCGACAUGGGCGAACAUACUCUGCGUGUGCCCAUGAGCCUUCAUGCUGAAAAUCGAGCAAGACUCGUGGCGCGCCUGAAAGAAAUGAUCGGUGAAGGGAAGCUGAACGCAGGAAGUGCAGUUCUACUCCAGGGAGGAAGCGACGUCCAGCGAGAUGCCACUGAUUGCACUUGGGUUUUCAGGCAAGAAUCUUUCUUCCACUGGGUCUUCGGCGUACUAGAACCUGAUUGGUUUGGGGUGAUAAAAGUCGAUUCUGGGAAGACUACGCUGUUUUGCCCUAAACUGCCUCAAGAUUUUGCAGUUGUGAUGGGAAGAAUCAUUCCUCCCGAGGAUUUCAAAACGAGGUACCAAGUCGAAAGUGUCUGUUAUGUCGACGAUAUGCCGGAAGUACUGGGCAAAAUGAAACCUACAACACUAUUGACACUGAAGGGAGUAAACAGCGACAGCGGUCUCACGACUCGCGAAGCACAUUUUGAUGGCAUCGAUAAAUUUUCAGUCAACAAUUCCAUCCUACACACGGAAAUGUCGGAACUCAGAGUUACGAAGUCAGCAGCGGAAAUCGAAGUGAUGCGGUACGCGGCAAUGGUGUCUUCCGAAGCGCACUGCGCUGUGAUGAAGCACAUCCGCCCAGGAAUGUACGAGUACCAACUUGAAUCUGUGUUCCAGCAUCACUCGUACUACCAAGGAGGAUGUCGACACCAAGCUUACACCAACAUAUGCGGUGGAGGUGUUAGUGGAGCUGUGCUUCACUAUGGGCAUGCUGGGGCUCCCAAUGACUGCAUCAUCCGAGACGGAGACAUGUGUCUCUUCGACAUGGGUGCAGAGUACUACUGUUACGCCAGUGACGUAACCUGCUCGUUCCCAGCGAACGGAAAAUUUUCGGCAGACCAGAAAAUGAUAUACAACGCCGUACUGGCCGCCAACCGAGCAGUUUUCGAUUCUGCAAAACCAGGAGUGAAAUGGGAUGAUAUGCAUGAGCUCAGUUACAGGGUCAUGCUCAAAAAGCUUAAGGAAGGAGGUUUGUUAACUGGAGAUGUGGAGGAAAUGAUCAAAGCGGAUAUAGGAGGAGUGUUUCAACCUCAUGGACUUGGUCAUCUGAUUGGUAUGGACGCUCAUGAUCCUGGUGGUUACCUACCUUCAUGUCCUCCUCGACCCACCAAAGAUGGCUUCAAUAAACUUCGUAUGGCGAGAGUGCUAAAGCAUAACAUGGUAUUGACCAUCGAACCUGGAUGUUAUUUCAUCGACGUCCUCUUGGACCGAGCAUUGGCUGACCCGAAGAAGAGUAAAUUCAUCGUAAAAGAAGAGCUGGAGCGGUUCAGAGGAUUCGGCGGUGUACGCAUUGAAGACGAUGUUGUUAUCCGUGAAGAAGGCAACGAUCUCUUGAACAAAGUUCCAAGGACAGUCGAAGAAAUCGAAACGCUCAUGGCCGAAGGUCGUCAAGAAAUCGUGUCGUUCCCGCAUGCAGAAGGAAAGCACAGCAGCCAACGUUGAUUAAAAAAACAUCAUCUUUAUAUUAUUAUUGUAGUGUGACUAGAUUUGAGUUAUGUGGGCCGUUAACGUGCGUUUAUGAGUAGUUCAUAUGCCUAUCUAUGUGGGAAUAAUUAUGUUAUUGACGAAUCGAUAUGACAAUUCUGAAAAUAAAACCGUAGAAAAUGCUAGAGUUUGUCCAUCCUUGGUUAUCUAUCCUUGUGAAUGUUAAAAGUCUAAAUAACCUAAAAAUUCAUGCUCCGCUGUAUAGAAAUAACAUAAACAUAUAGG